GCACCAAAGUAAAUUUCAACUCAUGAGGGAAAAAGUCCGACAAGCAACUACAAAGCACCACCAAAGAAGCGCGCCACACUUCUUGUAUGGUCACGUUGGGAGAAAAUGGACGCAACAGUGCGUCGCCGCGUAAUUUCAGUGGAAGUAUCCGGUGUGUCUGAGCGAUAAAUGGAAUAACGGAGAAGAACAGGGAAGGAGGAGGACUUGUGUCAAGUGUCAGCAAACCUCAAGUGCCAAUACAAAAUGCGUCUUAAUGGGAUCGCGGACAGCGCAGAGUGAGUCACCCACUGGGGGACACGAGGCAGCGUGUCAGAAUAAAAAGUAGGCUCGACUUGAUGCGCGCUGAUGGAGUGUUCUGAUCCGGACAUGGAACACAGGAGCCUCGGGUCCGCUCGCGUCAACUUUCUAUACGUCCGCUCGGAUCACAGGAUGUCCCACUUAUGACCUGCACCACUUUCCAUCCGUGGAUACUUUAAAUAAGGACGUUUUUGGCUUUUUUUGUUUUUGCGUGUGGAAAGUUAUUUUAUUUAUUAUAACGAACGCAGUGGAUUCAUUUACCUAGGAGGAUUAACACCACACUAAGCGAUACCAGCUUCGUUGUUACAAAACAAAAAGUGAAGGAGUACAUUUUUUUUAAUCCCGUGGGAGAUAUGAGGGGACUGCACAUGCAUGUCACCGUGGGACUGGUCCUUCUCACGUACACGCUCAUCACAGCGACCCCGACCUGGACCCCGGUGCCCGGUUGGAACACGAGCCGGGGACUGAGGACAGCGUCGGUGCUGGAGAGACACCAGGUCCCGUGGAGCCACCGGGGGAGGACGCCCCUGGUGGCGCAGAGGGAUUUCCACAGAUUGAAAACAGACAAGGGGGAUCAGCUUGCCGCCGUACUCCUUCGAGAUCUCAGAAAGAUGGAGAAAUACGUGACACAUUUAACAGGUCCGCUCUACUUCAGCCCCAAGUGCAGGGAGCAUGUGCACAAACUGCACCGGCAGAGAGAUUGCAGGAUACCUGCAUAUUUAAAGAGAUGCGCACGGCUUCUCACGCGGCUCGCCAGCAGCCCCCAAUGCACUGAAGGCUAACAGGUUAAAGCCUGAACAUCCGCGAUCCAGAAUGUUGUUGAAGGGGAAAAGUGCCUUGGACUUGUUGGACAAGCGGCCUAAAAUACUGACGAGCCCUGAUUGAAAGCAAGCCCACAGGAGUCCUUCUACUGAAGUCGGCUUUAUAAUCGACGUGGCUCACAUCGGAUGCUGCUCGAACCCCCCCCCACUCCCAAAACAUCGACAGAGGCUGCUGCUUUGCUUACGAACAAGACAACCGUGUCUAAUCUAUUGGUCGCCUCAUGAGACAUUUUUUUUGGCAACACACGGACGACGCCGGCGGGAAGUCACAGAAGCUCCUGUGAAAGCCUUAAUUUAUAGAUUUGAACCAUGACAAGAAUACACAGUAGACCAUGAUCAUGUACAUGUACACACGGGUACAUCUCAAACACUAACAAUAUCAUGAAAAAGUUCAAUAUUUAUCACCACUUACUCAAGUGAUAGCCAUAUGUUGUAUUGAUUGGAUGGUGUCAGUGACUGUCCCCAUGAUUGUGUAGCCUACUGAUGCAGACUGAGGGACCAUUUAAAAGGUUCAGAUAAUACAGAACUUCCAAUAUCAAACUUUUUCACAAUACUGUCAUUUUCUGAAAAUGAUCUGUAAGCCAUAAUCAUCAAAAUUGCAAGACAUAAAACUUCUUGAAAUAUUUUUGAGAUGUACCUGGAGUGUAAAACAAACCAUAAGCUCUACUAUAAAUGAAAUGCGUGAGGUAUACAGCGGUAUACAGCUACAGUAUGUACUAUAUAUACAAAGUAUAUAUAGAUAUAUGAAAAAACUAAAUAUAUUUAAAUAAAUUAUAUAAUUGGUACAAAAACAA